AUGCGUUCGAUACUUGCAUGCUCAAACGCAAGUACGUGCAUUGAAACCGGAUGUGAAGAACUAGUUGGAGCUAGCAACGAUUCUGGAAUCGAAGAUACUACAAUAUCCUACAUAGAUUCGAAAAUUUAUUUUGAAGAAAUGUCCAUUGCACCAAAGACGCGAACGGAG